AGCGAGAGGGGGGGGGAGGGGUAUGAAAAGAGGGAGAGGACAGAAUGAGACGGAGUGAGAACCGCCGAAUGAACGAGAGGGAGGGGAAGGAUGGAACGUGCGAGCGAGAGAGAGGGGAUUCGCGAGCGAUCGGCUGCUCCACUCAGUCCUCGUCCGUCUGCCAGCCGGUUAUCUACGGUGGAAAUGGUUGACAGCUCGCGCGCCUUUUGCGACGGAUCUGACGCGAUCUUUCCGGUCAAGAUGGUCCGCGAUGGUCCUCCUCUCCGUCACCCACGCCUUCUCUCACGACGGGGUGAUUCGGCGGGCCGUUGUCUCGGCGCUGUCGGCGUAAAAAUCGAACGAACCCAACCUAACGCGGCCGGCUUCCGGAUUCCGUGAUAAUUUAAAUGUCCCGUUGUCGUAAGCGCGCGCGCGCGUGACCUUGCCGUCGUCUCUCGAUGUUCGCGCGUAACGCGGGAGUUUGCGCCUCGCGACAGCGCAACACGACUACCAUCGCCGUUCUCCGCUGUAUCUGCAUUUGGAUUUCCCACGACGUGCCCGCCGAUGUGACGAUCAUCUCCACGCCAUGUGACGGCUGGGGAGCCACGAGGGGAAGAGACGAGGGGAGAAGGCGGAGGGGAGAAAGAGGCAACGCAGGAAAUCGUCCCGACGACAGCAGCUGUCACGGAAGACACCGAGCGCGAGCAAAGACGGUGCGCGUCUCUCGUGCGUGUCUCUCUGCUGCAACGACGCCGCGGCGCUCUCGGACGAGAAGAUUCAUCGACUUCGAUGGAAAAUUAAAGAGCUCGAAACGUCCGCCGUACUUGAGCAUACAAUAUGCUGUUGCAAUUAAUGAAUAUAAUUGCAAAAUAUAGCCCUUCUUAUAAUAUUAGGCGAUGCUGUCGACCUACGACGAUGGCCGUAGUCAUGCCGGCAAUUAAGACGAAACUGGUUUUCACAAUGAUUUGACAGAUAGAUAUAAUUCUGAGAUCAUUGUGAAAGCUGAUUUUGUUCGGAUAUCAACGGAUCGAGCCGUGGCGGCGUUAACUCCGAUGAACGAAGAGGAAAACGACGAAUAGUAAAUUUCGCAAAUAAAACAGAUAGAGUCUGGUUCUAUUAAAAGUUUACAGCACUGAAAAGAAGAAGAGCAGCAGGAGGAAAAGAAGAAAAAGAAGAUGAAGAAGAAGAAGAAGAAGAAGAAGAGAAUAGAUAAUUAGGUAAUGGGUCGAGGGUAAUUCACGAUAAUUGAAUUUCCCGAAUAUCGGUGGAAUCGUUUCCACGUAAUUAAUACCGAUCGUCGGGCUUCGCUCCUUCUCACCGUUUCGACCCCCGCGAUUUCUUGUUGACCGCGUCUCGAUGUAAUUGUUGACAGAUAAAUAAAUAGUCCGCACAAAGGGGCCUCUGUCCUCUCCGUUCGGCGCAGCACGCGCUCCGCGAGUCGCGCGCGCCGCCGUUCCCCCUGAAAUUUACAUCCGCGCG